UGGCACGUUUGGAGAACACAUUCAGAUGCUUUUGUUAUUUCAUUCACCAAACAAGUUUCAUUCUGUGCUCAGUCAAAACAUUUAACCGUGCUACUACUGCCGAUGCGGCUGGAAUUUUUUCACUUUUCCAAUCGAACUACAUAAUUUGAGAUUUAAAAAAAAAUAUCAAAGUUUCUUGUGCUUAUGACGCUUUAUUAUAGUUGAGUUGUGUGUUUUCUAAGUUUAUCGAUUUUUUAAAAAUAAAUAUUGAAAAAUUGGAUAAAACAGCGAAAAAAGAUGAUGACAAGGUGGAUUGAAGUGAUCGCGGCGUCGGCGUUCGUGUUCGCUGUAACUGUGGCUUAUGUGGUGCCAAAGGCUCGAAUUGAAGUAUUGCACCCGAAAGGAUUUUCGGUUUCAAUUCCCGAUACGCCUGGGAUUCAAUUGUUUGCGUUCCAUGGCAAUUUGAAUUCACCCAUGGAGGGUCUCGAAAACGGUCAAUUUUCGGCCGAUAUUCUAAAACACAAAAAUGGACGAUGGACAUUCAUUGAUCGAAAGCAUGAAAUUAAACCGGGCGAUGUUCUCUAUUAUUGGAUGUAUGUACAAAAAGAAUCGCUUGGCUAUCGCAGAGAUGAUCAGAAACAUGAAUUCACAGAUUCUGAUGUGUAUAGAGGUAUAAAUGUAACUGAAGAGACAAGUUCAACUGAUGCUCCCGAAUAUACAGAGCGUCCAGUUCGGCCGACUCAACCAACACGUGGAACAUCGACAGUAAAUGAAAACCGUGACUGCAACGCGAGCACUGGACCAAUGAGAGUGUUUCCCAGUGAAGUUCAUCAUUAUCACCAUCAUUUGUUUGGUCCGAGUUCGUGUGGUGCUGGCGGCAAUGGAGGUCAAUUCGGUGGCCAAUAUCCAAAUGGUGGCAGCGGAGGCAGUUUUAAUGGCGGUGGUGGUGGCGGUGGUAGUGUAAAUUUCCCUAGUCCUGAUGGACAAAGUGCUGGCACCACAAGUGCUGUUCAACAGUUAACGUUACAAAUGAGACAAGUUAUGGCUGCCCUUGAAAAUAUGAAAUUAAAAGUGGCCACUCUAUCGGAAGUUGUUGAUGAAUUGAUCAAUUCAAACAGUAAUACCAAACUUUUAUUGACCGGUGCCAAUGUUGAUUCAACAACAAAUCUAUUUGAUUUGGUGCGACACAUCAUUUUGGAUCGAUUGGAAUUGAAAGAUUUGAAAAAUGACAUUUACUCGGCAACACGUAUCAAAAAAGGUAUUGUAUUUGAUGUUGCUUCUGGCUUGGAUAAACGACGAAUUUUGGCCAGGGCCAGAGAAAGGUUACAUGGCGAUGACGAGGAAUUACGUAUUACCGAUUACUAUGACGGUGAAACUAAGCCAGACAAUUCUGAAUCAUCUGAAUCGAUAAUUGAUACACGAUUUGGUGAUGAAUGAAACCACAUUGGAUUAACCACAGUUUGAACAGAAAACUGUUCAAUGUCAAACAAAGUUUUUGUGAAGAGUACACAUUUUUUUUAAACAAACAUUUUGGAUUUUUGCUAGUAUUGGUGAUAGUUUGAAAGAAAUAUUUAUACCACUCUUUUUGGUCGUGGAUUUUUCUCGACUGGCAAGAAAUAUUAAUGAAAGACUGUCAUCAACAAAGUUAUGGUACUGGUUAUGUUCGAGAACUUUGUUGAAGACUUUUAUUAUCUUUUAUCAGUUACGCAUAAUACACAACCAAAAAAGAACGGAAAAAAUAUAUUCGUUUCGAAAUCUCUAAUACAAAUUGAUUUAAGAAUUUAUCUAAGUUGUGUAAGCAAGCAUCAUAGAAUUUUAUCGAUAUAAAUAGCAUGUAGUUUUGUAAAAUGAUUCGCUUAUUCGUUUCGUUGUUUAUAAGUUCGAAAUAAAAUAAAGAUGUUACAAAUGAA